GGUUUAAAGUCGAGCACGAAAAUAAAUAAAUAAAACCCUUACAAAAUUAAAAAAACCAGCGCCGGCGCGGCAACAGUAACACUUGCCUGAUCCAGAAAGAGGAAAACAGAGGAAGGAGAGUUUUUUACACAAAAUUUUCACAGGGAGAAAGGGGGAGAUGGUGACGUCACCGGUAGUGAAUACGUAUCCACUGUCAAGCUACACAUUUGGGACAAAGGAGCCGAAGAUGGAGAAGGACACCUCCGUCGCUGAUCGUCUCGCUCGCAUGAAAGUCAACUACAUGAAAGAGGGCAUGAGGACAAGUGUGGAAGCGAUUUUAUUGGUUCAGGAACAUAAUCAUCCCCACAUACUUCUUCUGCAGAUAGGGAACACAUUCUGCAAACUUCCUGGUGGGCGUCUAAAGCCAGGAGAGAAUGAAAUUGAGGGGUUGAAAAGGAAGCUAACCAGCAAGCUUGGUGCCAAUUCGCCCGCUCUUGUACCAGAUUGGCAGAUUGGUGAAUGUGUAGCAAUCUGGUGGAGGCCAAACUUUGAAACCAUUAUGUAUCCAUAUUGCCCUCCCCACAUUACAAAACCCAAGGAGUGUAAGAAGCUUUUCCUUGUUCACUUGUCUGAAAGAGAGUACUUUGCAGUGCCCAAAAAUUUGAAACUUCUUGCUGUACCAUUGUUUGAACUCUAUGAUAAUGUCCAGAGAUAUGGGCCAGUUAUAUCAACCAUUCCUCAGCAGCUUUCUAGAUUCCAGUUCAAUAUGAUCACCACAUAAGCGUUUAGAUUUCUAGAGCUCUCACCUUCCUGGUACUGCAUAGAUUCUAGUAGCUAUAAAUGCAUAAAUUUCAAGAGCUGGUGCUGAUACCUGGAUGGUUCUUAAUGACAGAAGAUUAACAUUAUGACGAAUCAUCUCUAUUUGGUAACUUGGUACUAUUUUAAAUAUUAUGUUAUUUGAUUGAGCUUAGGUUCUUGGAUAAAUCUUGGUCCGUUUUCGAGUUUGUAGAGCCAAAUUGAGGCUUACAUGGUCUAUGAAUUGUUUGGUAGUAUUAAUGGUAGAAUGUUGUUAAGGAUUUGUGUGUUGUGGAUUUAUGGUCUGUGGUGGAGGCGAGGUCUCUUUGUAAAAUUAUCCUGGCAUUGCUCAUUAUGCCACCAUUGUAUCACCACUGUAGCUUUCAUGCUGCUGUUGUAACACCAUCCCAAAGAAUGUUCUCUCCAAACCCAGAAUAGGAUGAUUUUGAAAUUGUACUUUUUAUCAUGGAAGUCGAAUUGUAUCGUAUCGUGUAUCAAAAAUUAAAUUUUUUGUA